AUGGAUUUGGAGACAGAGAGUCGAUUGGUUCGCUUAUGCAUUGAAGCAGCGUGUGAAAGCAGAGAAAGCGUGGAAAAAUGGAGGAAACAGCGACGGACUCUCGAGUCCAUGCCUUCUCCUCUCGCCGACGCUCUUCUCCGCCGCCUCUUCCUCGGGCGCCUCGUCUUCCCUUCUCUUCUCGAAGUUUUCAAACGUAGCGUGGAGGUGGUUGAUCUUAAAGGUGAAAACAACGUGGAUGCAGAGUGGAUGGCGUACUUAGGAGCAUUUCGUUACUUGCGCUCCUUGAACCUUGCGGAUUGCCAUAGAAUCAAUAAUUCUGCCCUUUGGUCUCUUGUUGGGAUGACUAGUUUAAAGGAGGUGGACAUUUCAGGAUGUAGCAAGGUUACUGAUGCUGGCAUUAGGUAUCUUGUAUCAAUUUCAACUUUGCAAAUACUACGGGUUUCAGAAACAGGUGUAACUGCUGAUGGGAUUAAACUUCUCUCCUCACUUACAAACUUGUCUGUUUUGGACUUGGGUGGUUUACCUGUCACCGAUACAGCAUUGAGUUCUCUCCAGGUGUUGACAAAGCUAGAGUAUGUUGACCUUUGGGGGAGUAACAUAUCUAACAAAGGGGUUACUGUUCUUCGAAAAUUUCCCAAGUUGAGCUUUCUAAGUCUAGCCUGGACCAGUGUUACAAGAUUGCCAAAUUUGUCAUCUCUUGAAUGCUUAAAUUUGAGUAACUGUACCAUUAACGAUGUACUUGAAGAUAAUGGGAAAAAAGCUUGUUUGACGAAGCUUAUAUGCUCUGGAGCUACAUUCAGCAACGAGGCUAAGGCAUUCUUGUAUUUCGAUACAUGCUUCCUAUCUUUUCUGGAUUUAUCCAAUUCAUCCCUCAAUGGAUUCUACUUCUUACAUCAUUUGAAAGCACUGGAAUAUUUGGAUCUCAGCAGUAGCAUGAUAGUAGAUGAUUCGAUUGAAGCAGUGGCAAGUAUAGGAGCAAAUUUGAGAAAUUUAAAUCUUAGCAAAACAAGAGUCACCUCUGCUGGGGUAGCAAUUUUAGUUGGUCACGUUCCAAAGCUUGAGAAUUUAUCAUUAUCUCACACUCCAAUAGAUGAUUUGACCAUCUCAUAUAUUGGCACAAUGCCUUUGCUGAAGCAUGUUGAUUUAAACAAUACAAUCAUCAAAGGCUUCAUUCACCAGGGUGGUGCUGAGCCAAAUUUGAUUCCCUCACUGACAGCACUACAUAGCCUUAAAGGUUUGGAAAGUUUGAAUUUAGAAUGCGCCAACAUCAAUGAUGCUGCUGUAGACCCCUUAUCAAGCUUUAAAGAAUUGAGGCUUUUAUCUCUCAAAAGUCCUUCCCUUACAGACUUCUCCCUUCACCACUUAUCAUCUCUACCAAGUAUAAGAAAUCUACGCAUUUGCGAUGCUGUGCUGACCAAUUCUGGGCUAUUUUCGUUCAGACCACCAGCAACUCUUGAAAUGCUAGACCUGAGGGGUUGUUGGCUCUUAACUGAGGAUGCUCUCUUGUCAUUUUGUAAAAGAUAUCCUCUAAUCGAAGUAAGGCAUGAACAUGUGGUCUCUACAUCAGAUCAAACUGCCUGCCACCGACCGACUCCACCACGAACAUUUUUAAGACCUUCACAAGUAAACCAGAAGCAGGGAAAGUUGCCUGUGUCUCAGUAUUUUAUAGAUCAGAGACUGAAGUAUACCAGAGAGGAGCUUCUCGCAUUACAGUUUCAAUCUUCAUAUCUCGGGCCUUCUUUUGACAAAAGUCUUGCUAAACCCAAGAUCGAGAAUGCUGUCUACUGCCGUGCUGUACAGACCAGUUGCAUUGACAAUUAUCUUCCUGGAAAAGACCUUUGCUUUGAUUUUGCUCCAUCCAAAAUUCUGAAACGUAAACGGACCACAUUUGGUCUACCGAUAAGAAUGCCCUCAACUUCAAGCAAGAGAAAAGGAAGUACCCCGAGAACCAUGGGAGAGAGACGAGUCCUGAGUCCUGUUCCAACCAGGAACUUGAUAUAG